AUGGCAAGGUCGCAGAGCCGGCAUGGGAAAGGUAAGGCUAUUGGCAUGGGACUUCACUGGGUCUUUAACAGCAAAGAGCCGUUUAUGUUCUACAUGAAUGCCUUGAAAGAUCAUCAUCAAGUCCUUGAUAUUUCCAUCGCCAUGAAGAUCCUAGGAGGCAGCCAGACUUACGACCGUGAAGGACUUGGACAUGUCAGACUAGAUCUUCAGACAUCACUUCACAAGCAAAUCGUCCAUGAGCAGAAUAAUCGCAAUUCUGUCUCCACAGCUCUAACACUGUUGUCGGCUGCUCCAGAGUCCGACCAAGACUGCAACGUAGCAGACACUGAGAUGACCGACCAGAAUCCUGUGCGCUAUCUGGAUUUUGACUUGAACAAGAAUCAAAUGUGUCUUCAGGAGUAUCUUCGAGGCUUGUAUCGCAAGUCACUUAGGAUUGGUUCUGUCGCCUUGAGUGACAGCGCAAAAUUCCCUCGGACUGUUUCAACUUGA